GCAUUUUCAUUCCUUCACUGAGGAGGUUGCAUUAUAAUGGCUGGAAACCGUAAGUUUGAGGUUGAAUUUAAAGUUAAGUGCUCUGCAGACAAGUUUUACUCUAUGAUGACUCGUGAUGUACUCAAGCUUCCAAAAUAUGCUCCUCGUAUUAUCCACAAUAUCCAAAUUCUCUCCGGAGACGGUGAACUUCGUUUGGGAAGUGUUUCUGUUUGGGACUAUGUGCUGGAUAAUAAACCUUCUGGUGUCAGGACGAGAGCAAAGAUAACGGCAAUGGACCAUCAAAACAUGUCAUUAACUUUCACAGCUCUUGACGGAUAUCUCACGGACGAUUACACGAGUUUCACUAACACACUUACUACCACAAUACCAACACAGAGGGAUGGAAACUAUAAUUGCCUUGUCAAGUGGUCUGUGCAAUAUCAGAAAGCAAAUGAUAAUGUAGCUGAUCCAACUUACUUUAUGAAAAUGCUGGAAGAUUUUACCAAGGAAUUGGAUACCAAUCUGCUCAAGGGAGCAGCGUAGACAAGAUUGGUCAUCUACUGAUCUACAUAUAUAUACAUAUGAUUGAAGGAAGCUACAUGUUUGUGCUUCAUGUUUAAACAUAUUAGACACAUAUAUUGUGAUAUGGAUUUACCAGAUAUACUUAUCUAAUUUAAUUAAGUAAAAUAUAAUAAUAUUGCUUAAGCAUGGUGAGAAUAUUUGGCAA